AAAGUAAGAGAAAUUGACAGCAAUAGCUCAGGGUUCAGCACUUAAAGCACAAACAUUUUAACAGCUAACACUCUACUAACAGAUGUUACAUACAACCCCUAAAAUCCUGUUUGUAGAAAAAAAAAUCACAAAGGUCUGCAGGGCCAGAAUUCUUUUCUCUGUUACCAGAAACUGUUCUGAAUGGGUGACUCAGAGAGACGCGAGCCCCGCAAAGCAAUCUGUUUACAUCCUUAAAUGAGCUGUGUGUGACACACUACGUACAUAGCGCAUAUGUGCAGCCAGCGUGGGGAAACCAUUGCUGUAAUGGAAGUGUGAUGACAUGAAAAGCAGCAGCUCUUCAUGCUUUCUAACAUCAGCACUGACUGUCACUUUGCAUGCAGCUCACUCUGCAGCCUUCAAAGAAAACACGAGACUCAAGAAUACUACAAGCCAAGAAGGAGGAAAAGUCCAGGAAGAGAACUACAGUGCUAGAGAAAGCCCAAAGUAUGCCUGGAGAUAUGAAUCACAACAGUACCAACAACAUCAGCCCCGAAGUAGAACUGUUCCAGCUGAUCAUGUACACUCCCACGUUUACCCUGGGAUUGCUGUUCAAUGUGAUGGCAUUGUCGUUCCUGUUUUUUAAGGCUAAAAAGCUGUCAGAAUCUACAGUCUACAUGAUAGCCCUCAUCUUCCUGGAUACUUUGCUGCUGUUCACUCUUCCAUUUAAAAUCAUUUCCUAUCACCAUCCAAACACGUGGGAAUUGGGGUCUGUGUUUUGCUCCAUCUUGGAGAGUCUUUACUUUGUAAACAUGUAUGGCAGCAUCCUCAUCUCCCUCUGCAUCUGCAUAGAUCGCUACAUUGCUAUUGGGCACCCUUUCACGGCUCCCACCCUGCGAUCCACCAAGAAAGCUGCUGUGGUCUGUGCUGUCAUCUGCCUGGGGGUCUCAGCUGGAACUGUCUCUACUUUCCAAUUGCAUGAAGAGGGCCACAACAUCUCAUCCUGCUUCCAUAACUUCUCCAAAAGCACAUGGGAAAACACAGCCCUGUUCAGCGCCCUGGAGACCACCUUCUUUGGCAGCAUGACAGCCAUGGCCUUCUGCACCGUUCAGAUCGUCAGAUGUCUGAGAAAGCGCAGGAAACCAGACAACCCCCAAACGUAUGCCACCAGAGCAGAGAAGAUAGUAGUGGCAAACUUCAUCACGUUUUUGGUCUGUUUCACACCUUACCAUGUGACAUUCUUCCUGUACUUUUUGGUGAAGAAUGGCAUCAUGCACAUGGCUUCUCAGCCAAAGCUACGAGACAUCCUUCAAAUCACCCUUUGCUGGGCAAACCUGAACUGCUGUCUGGAUGGGGUCUGUUAUUAUUUUGUUUUAAAGGAGUCCUUGGAAAGCCUGUUACAAAACAGUGAAAGAACAGCCAGAAAAAAGCUUGAUCCACAUGCUACAUUUGGAGAUGCUUUCACGAAAACAACAGGAUCCUGAACUACUUAUCUAAAUUAUUUAAAUAUUGAAAUCUGAAAAUAUUUCACAAAAAAAAAAAGACAGAAUGAACUCCAUUCCCAGGAGGCUGCUCCUAACUUAUUUCCUUCCCAUCCAUAAUGUUUCAUGUUGGCAUUUCUGGAAAACAGAAAUGGAUUUUUUUCCCAUAAAUGGU